ACGGAGAACAAAGGUGAAAGGGUGGACAAAUUUGAAGAAAGAAUGGGCAAUGAAUUUGUUACUUGCAUCUUCCUUCUACUUUUUCUCACGCUUGAUCCUGGUGUAUCCUCCAAUGUUCUGCGACUCCCCAGCAUGGAUUUGGUUGAUCAAAAAGAAGACGAUGGUCAUUCCUCAUCACACUUCCACAUGAAUACAGUAAGCCUGGCCAAUUAUGAUCCCACGUUUACUGUCAUGAAGGAUAUUCAGGUCGGGAAAACGAUACCAGUCUCUUUUCCCUACAUAAAAGAUCUAUCCCCUUACCAAUUCCUUCCAAGAGAAAAAACCCAUCACAUUCCUUUCUCAUCCAAGGCCAUUCCCGAGCUUCAUCGAUACUUCUCCGUCUUCCCUGGUUCCAAGCAAGCCACGGCAAUAGAGCAGACUCUUAAGUUCUGUGAGAGGGAUCCCCCCGCAGGAGAGGCCACGGCCUGUCUUACCUCUUUCGAAUCCCUGACCAAUUAUGCCCGUGGCAUCAUCGGAUCUGACUCGGACAUCCGUAUCGUAAGAUCGUCUCUUAUUUCGAGCUCGACUCCAACUCUCCAAAACUAUACUAUAAUGGAAUCGAAAGAGAUAUUAACUGGAAAGGUGAUACCAUGUCAUGCAGAGCCAUAUCCUUAUGCAGUGUACUAUUGCCAUUUCCAAGUGAAUACUGAUAACAAAUUGUUCAUGGUUUCCCUCAGAGGUGAGAACGGUGAUUGGGUGGAUGCCGUUUUCCUUUGUCACAUGGAUAGCUCCCCAUGGAGUGUCGAGAGUAAAGCACUCAUUCGUCUGGGGCUUAAUCCAGGGGAAUCCGAAGUUUGCCACUUCUUCCCUGCAUAUGAUCUAGUGGUGGUUCCCCAGUGAAUAGUAAAAAGUUUAUAUUACAAAUAAGUAAUUAAAGUAUACCAUUUUUCAUCCAAGUAUCUAAAAUAUUUUUUGUCAAAGUAAGUAAUUAAACUUAUCCUUUUGGUCAAAAUAAGUACCUAAAAUAUUUGUUGGUCAAAAUAGGUACUUAAAGUAUUUAAUCUUUUUCAUCUAAGUUGUAAAACAGUUGACACAUGACAUUAAUUAAAGAAUAUUUUAGGU